AUGGAAGAUGUCAUCAACAGUGCUAUCAAGAAGCACCUGCUCAGGAAUAAGUGCCUUAGCUCUGUCAAUCACUUGCUGCUUAUGCUGAACUCUAACACCAUGGAAAGUCCUUGGAAGUGUGAGGACUGCGGCAAAAGGUUUAGUUGUCAGUCCCGUCUGGAAUAUCACCGACGGGGGCACACCGGGGAGAGACCAUGGAAGUGCGAGGAUUGUGGGAAAGGCUUCAACCAUCGGUACUUGCUGGAGUACCAUCGGCGUGGGCACACUGGGGAGAGGCCUUUCAGCUGCACAGUGUGCGGGAAGGCUUUUGCUCAGGCAGCCAACCUGAUGUUGCACCAGCGGAUCCACACAGGAGAGCGCCCAUUUGGCUGCAGUACCUGCGGAAAGAGGUUCAGUUGCUCGGCCAAUCUCAUUGGUCACCAGCGGAUCCACAGUACGGAGAGGCCGUUCACCUGCUCCCUCUGUGGUAAGGGAUUCACUGGGUCCUCUGACCUCCUGAAACACCAGCAGACACACACAGACGAGCGUCCCUUCAGGUGCUCAACCUGUGAGAAGCGCUUCCGGCGGGCAUCCACCCUCACCACCCACCAACGGAUUCACACUGGGGAGAGGCCCUUUGCCUGCCCAGAUUGUGGGAAGGGUUUCACUGGGGCAUCUGGCCUACAGUCACACCGGCGGAUUCACAGCAAAGAGAAGCCAUUCGGUUGCUUGUCGUGUGGGAAGAACUUCAGGCAGUCAUCUGCCCUGAAUGCACACCAGCGUGUUCACACCGGGGAGAGGCCGUUUAUCUGCUCUGUCUGUGGGAAGGGGUUCACCCAUUCUUCUGGCCUCCAGUCACACCAGCGAAUUCACACGCAGGAGAAGCCAUUUGGCUGCGCGUCCUGUGGAAAGAGCUUCAGGCAUUCAACAGCCCUCAGUGCUCACCAGCGUGUUCACACCGGGGAGAGGCCAUUCACUUGCUCAGUCUGCGGGAAAGGAUUCACUCAUUCAUCCAACCUCCUGUCACACCAACGAAUUCACACUCAGGAGAAGCCGUUUAGAUGCACCUACUGUGGGAAAUGUUUCAGGCAGUCAUCCACCCUCACUGCACACCAGCGUACUCAUACCGGGGAGAGACCAUUCACCUGCCCUGUGUGUGGGAAGCGAUUCACGCAGUCGGCCAAUCUGCUAAUGCACCAGCGGACUCACACUGGAGAGAGGCCAUUCACCUGCUCAGUAUGUCAGAAGGGCUUCACUCAGGCAUGCAGCCUGCUCUUGCAUCAGCGCACUCACGCUGUGAAAGAUGCUUCACCUGUUCAGAGCAUGGGAAGGAGUUCACCCAGUCCUCAAUUAUCCAGGAAGAUGAAACAAAACCACUUGGCUUCUGACUCUUCAAAGCCUGUCCACCAUCAAGCAAGCACAACUCAAGACUGUGAAGGAAUACUCCCUACUUGUCAGGAUGAGUGUGUCUCCAAAAACAUUCAAGAAGCUUGAUACCAACCUGACAAAGCAGCCUGCUUGAUUGAUAACUCAUCCAAAAAUAUACCAUCCCUCCACCAUCAAUGCUCAGCAGCAGCAGUGUGCAUCAUCUACAAGAAGCACUGCUUCUUCCUGACCACUACUAUCUGGAAUGACAAGGGCAGAUACUUGAGAACACGUGCGACUUGUAAGUUCCCCUUGAACAACUCAUUAUCCUGACUUGGAAACAUAUCACUGUUCUUUAAAUGUUGCCCUUCAAAAUUUUGGUACUCCCUCUCUGACAGUGUUUUGGACAGCAGUAGUUCAAGUAGGCAGCACAUAGCCAUCUUCUCUGUGGCAGUUAGGGAUGAGCAAUAAAUGUUGGCCCAGCCAGUGAUGUCCAUAUCCCUAGAACAAAUAAAAUGAAAUUGACAUAUUGCUUCAGGCAGAACCUGUGACAAAGACUGGUUUGAGUCCGACUCAGCAGAGGUGACACCUGCCAUCGAAGCAAAAAGGCCAGGCCACACAAUGUUCAAUGUGAAUGCAUCAGCUAGGACAUUGUAUUGAUUUGAAGUUACAGACAAUUUGUGGGGGGUGGGGAUAUUCUGAUCACAGACUCUGGCUCAGCUUUUGUCAAAAAAUUCCAACUGCAGCAUGAUGAUGUGCUUCUGCUUCUUUCUGAGAUACUAUCUUUUAAAGGCAAAAGGUUUGGAAAGGGAGAUAUGAGAGUUGUUUUCCAAACUGUUAUUGCAAGUGCCUCUGUGUCUGAUUUAAAAAAAAAAAAUAUAAUAUCCAAUAGGAGAUUAAAAUUGUUCUGGGGCUCUUGGAUAAGAUAGAAUUGUAUUGAAUGGGACGCCCCACUUAGAAUAAAAAAAAUGAAGAAAAUCCCAUGACAAAAGGCAACUGGAACAAUUCGCCUUGGCUAUAGUUCAAUGGAAUAAACCAAACUGGUAUCCAUGUACAUUUUAAUGAAUGGAGUGUGUAGAUGAGGCAGUUGGCCUUCUGUUGCAGAUGUGUGUAUCCUUGCCAUUGAACAUUUAAAGAAAACAGCAUUUGACUUUCUGGUUGCUGCCUGAGACAUCAGAAUCAUACAGGAUGGGGAGAGAUCAUUGGACAGACAAUUUAAUAUUGUCUCAUCUAAUGUUUUAAAGUCCUGCAGUGAAGCACUGUGUAUUAGAAAUAAAUAUGACAGACCAGCGAGGCCAAAGAAACAGGUUCACCUGCGAGGCGCCUUUUGGAGUAUUCUUCAGAGUGCAGACUGUUUGGAAUUUUACAUUUUGCUAUGAUUCAAUGAACCUCAUGAACUUUCCAGUUAUAUGACAAGUUCUGAAUUCCUUUCAAGGAAUGUUUCUAUAAUCCUGCUGUUAUUUUGGUCCUGCUGAAAUCAAUCUGAUCGUAUUGUACACUAGAACAUAACUGUUUAUAAAGAGUUCAAGUCCAUGCUUCUUAGUGAGAGUUUUAUUUCAUUUACUCCCACUCCAUAAAACUCUCACGUGACUGAUUAUUAGCUCCCUAUCUAUGUAGCCAAGUCAAUCCCAGUUACCUGAAUGGCUGUUUAUUGGGAGAGGGGAGCGUGCAACAGGACAUGGGUGUCCUUGUCCGCCAGUCACUGAAGGUAAGCCUGCAGGCGCAGUAGGCAGUAAAGAAGGCAAAUGGUGUGUUAGCCUUCACUGCGAGAGGUUUCAAGUACGGGAGCAGGGAUGUGUUGUUGCAGUUGUACAGGGCUUUGGUGAGACCACAUCUGGAAAAUUUAGGUGCAAUUUUGGUAUCCUUUUCUCAGGAAGGAUGCUGUUGCAGUCAAGGGAGUGUAGUGAAGGUUUACCAGGCUGAUUCUGGGGAUAGUGGGUCUGACAUAUGAAGACAGAUUGACUAGGUUGGGAUUGUUUUCGCUAGAGCUCAGACGAAUGAAGGGGAAAUCUUUACAGAGAGUUUUAAAACCCUAACAGAACUGGACAGGGUAGAUGCAGGGAGGAUGUUCCUGAUGGUGGGUGUGUCAAGUAUCAGGCUCACAGUAUGAGGAUUCAGGGUAGAUAAUUUAGGAUGGAGAUGAGGAGACAUUUCUUCAUCCAAAGAGUGGUGAGCUUGUAGAAUUCAUUAUCAAAGGAAGUGGUUGAUGCCAAAAUAUUGAAUGUAUUCAAGAGGUGACUAGAUAUAGCACUUGGGGCGAAUGGAAUCAAAGAUUAUGGUGGGGAGAGCAGGAUUAGGCUGUUGAGUUAGACAAUCAGCCAUGAUUGUGAAGAAUAGCGGAGCAGGCUUGAAGGGUCAAAUGGUCUCCUUCUACUCCUACCUUCUAUG